AUGAUCUUCACAUCUCGCCACCCGACGCUACCCAUUCCAGAGGACGCAGCGAUCUGGAAUGUGCGGACGAUCUCGUACGUGCAACUUCUUCGUAUGGCCAAGAAUUUGUGCGCUGGUUUUGCUGCCAACGGUCUCAAGAAGGGCGACAUUGUGAUCUUACACUCGAUGAACUGCAUCGAGUACCCCUUGAUCUUUCUGGCUCUGAACCGACUGGGAGCGAUAUGCUCGCCUUCCGGCUCAGUGAUUUCGCACAUCAAGUUUGCAGCAGUGGCUAUGAAGGCUGCAACAACGCACGGAAUUUCUAGCGAGCAGGUCUACACAAUAGGCGAUACACGCAGUGCUGCUUCCUUGCAGACAAUCGAACACCUGAUCGACCUGGAUCUGCCCUUCCCGACUCUCCCUCCGAUCGACCCGAACCAAGUCGUGACGUUGCCUUUUUCCAGUGGUACGACUGGUCGUCCAAAGGGUGUGGAGCUGACAGCUCGAUCGAUGUUCGCUGCUGGGAUGAUUCCUGCCUAUACCGUCGAGAAGAUGGAUUAUCUCUUGGGGGUGUUGCCGUUCUACCACAUUAUGGCCACUUUGAUCUUCCACAUCAGUCUGUAUAUGGGAAUGUCGAUGGUCGUGCUACCGGGUUUCCAGCCAAAGUCUUUGCUUCGUGCAGCCGAGAAGUACAAGAUCAAACGCCUUCAUCUUGCCCCUCCACUCGUCAAGUUCCUCGCCCAACACCCGCUCGUAGACAGGUACAAUCUAUCAGCGACAACUCAAGCCAGUUCUGGGGGUGCACCGUUGGGGAAAGAACUAGAACAAGCGGUGUUGAAGCGUCUGAACGUGCAGGUUCUUCAGAGCUACGGCUUGACGGAGAUCGCUGGCGUUGGGACCCAUUCUUCCAUCUCUAGCCAUCGCGAAGGCUCGUCAGGAAUGCUGUAUCCUAACGUGGAACUUAAGGUGAAAUGUCUGGAAACGGGUGUUGAUUUGGAACCAAACGAACACGGCGAGCUGCUCUUUCGUGGCCCCACAUUAAUGAAGGGGUAUUUCAAUAACCCAGAGACCACACGCGAGUCUUUUACCGAGGAUGGCUUCCUUCGCACAGGAGAUAUCGGAUAUAUCGAUGACGACGGCUUCGUGUUCGUCGUGGAUCGACUGAAGGAGCUCAUCAAGUACAAAGGACACCAAGUCGCACCUGCUGAAGUGGAAGAUGUGGUAAACUCGCACCCUCAAGUGGCCGAUGCUGGUUGUGUGCGUGGACACGAUCUGGAGACUGGAGAGGAGAUUCCAAAGGCCUACGUCGUGCUGGAAGAAGACAGCACGUUGACGGCGGAGGAGCUCAUGGACUAUGUAGCCAUGAAAGUGACGGGAUACAAGCGCGUCCGUGAGGUGGAAUUUGUCGAGAGCAUUCCAAAGAGCUUGUCCGGAAAGAUCCUGCGACGUGUGCUUCAACUGCAAGAGAACGAGAAGAUUGGAGCGUAUCGAAGUCGCCUGUAA